CGCGCACGCGCAUUCGCUAUGUUUUGAUUCGACAAUGGCUCUCUUCUGCGAUCCUAUUCCAGACGUGACCCUCACCUAUGAGUGUGGUCCGAUUGGCUAUGACGACUUUCCUAAAACAGAGGAUCCAGUUUUUUUGUUGGGUGAACAAUACAGCGCAUUAUAUGAUUUGGAAGAGAUUCGUGAUGAUGUGAAGUCUAGACUUUGGUUAACAUAUCGCAAGGGGUUUCCAAGCAUAGGUGGUACGGGUCCAACAAGCGACCAGGGUUGGGGAUGUAUGUUACGGUGUGGACAGAUGAUGUUAGCACAGACUCUUCUGGUGCGACAUCUUGGAAGAGGUUGGCGUUGGCAUAUAUCGAGCAUCAAGGAUGAAAAAUAUCGACGUAUACUGGAUAUGUUUAUGGAUAAGAAAAACUCCUACUACUCUAUACACCAGAUAGCAUCAAUGGGUGUGUCCGAGGGGAAGUCGGUAGGGCAGUGGUUCGGACCAAACACGGUCGCACAAGUACUCAAGAAGCUUGUGAUCUAUGAUGACUGGAGUCAGCUGGCCGUACAUGUUGCCAUGGACAACUCUGUGAUACAGGAUGAUAUCAAGUGUUUGUGCAAGUGCCAUCAUGGUGAUGACCUUGGCAAGUGUUCUGUGCGCCGCUCACGCAAGUCCAGCCUUCAGCGGGAAUCUGAAUACAUUCAACACACAGACAAAGUCUCUACCCCUGCAUCACCGGCGCGGGGUGGGGCGGAGGUCAACCCAAAAAUCUGGAAGCCCCUCCUCCUUAUUAUACCCCUGAGGCUGGGACUCACUGAUACUAAUGUGGUCUAUGUGGAAAGUUUAAAGAAAUGUCUAAACCUGAAACAGAGUGUUGGAAUGAUUGGAGGGAAACCAAACCACGCCCACUGGUUCGUAGGAUAUGUUGGUGAAGAGUUGGUAUACCUUGACCCGCACACGACCCAGCCUGUAGUGGACGUGACUGAACCAGGGUCAACAGACGAGUCCUACCACUGUCAGUACGCAUCUCGUAUGAAGAUUCUGGAGCUGGACCCGUCCAUAGCACUUGGGUUUUACUGUGGUACUGAGGCGGAUUUUGAUGACCUGUGUUCAAGCCUGCAGAAGUUUGUGACGUGUCGGCGCACUUCAGCCAUGUUUGAGCUUCACAAAGAGAGGCCCCUACACUGGCCUCCAUAUGAACCCUAUACAACGGGGCCUCCACCAAAUACACGAGAGUAUGAUCUUGUAGAAAAGUCUGCCUGUGAUAGUGACGAUGGUUUUGAACUUGUGGGAUGACCUGUGCAAUAACCAGCAAAUAAUAGCCAUUAUAUAGACAUCAUUUAACUGACCAUGGCUGUGACCAAUGUCUUUGGACACUGGUCAUCACAAAAUUGGGUAGCCAUGAAUUGGAUAUCCUACCACAGACUAUUGCAUUUGCCAGUGUUUAUGGACAAUGGUCUCCUAUUUAUUUGGAUCAGUGCGUGGGUUGACAAUUCUUUUAUAAUUCAAUCGAAUGAUUGGGAAAAAGGACACCAGUACCGUUUUCUACUCUUCUACCAAGGAAGCGGGACUUGAGACAGAUUCAUAUUACAAAUCAGCUUACAGAUGUCAUCACAAUCCAGCUUAAAUGAGUAUAAACUUACUGCUUUGAGACAGUGCUUGAUUAACUGAUCCUUUGUGAUGCUCACCAGAAACAGUGGAAUGUUGUUCUAAUGAUGUUAACAUACAUUGAGGUCAGCUUUCGUGUAUACCGGACUUACCGGUAGUUAUAUUAUUUAACAAAGUGUAUUCUGCUGCUUUAAGGUAUGUACAUAUGCCGACGGAGAUACAUUAAUUGCUUUCUAUAUUUCAUUUAGAUUGAACAGAACUGUGUGAAGAUUAUUUGAUUGAAAGGAAUGGUUUAAAUUCAAUUGAGGCAAAAUAUGGAUAAAACAAUGUUUGUCAUAGACAAGAUUCUGACAUGGUAAAUUUUAAACCAUGCAAAUUUGGCACGGUAAAGAAUCGCAACAAUAACUGAAGUAAACAUUUUAAGACAUUAAACUACAUUUUUUAAAGUUUUAAUGCCUUUGUAUUAUUUUUUAACAACACAAUUUUUUAACUUGUGUAGGUGUCCGUCUUUCACCUAAGAGGUUUUGGAUUCAAGCCCCACCAGGUUGUACUUUCUCUUGGCCUUUCAAAAGCGCCACCAGUACUGGUUUCUGCCAAAUGUUGUUCUAAAAGCUGUCCCCUUGUUUAACAACCAAGCUAAUAGAAAUCAGUAGAAACUAAAUCUAAGAUGAGCUAAUUCUCUCAAUGUGUUUUUAUUUGCAUAUUUUAUUAUUUGAUAGUAUAUAAAUCUUUUAAGGGACUAGACACCAGAUGAAACAAUUUCAAGAAAUAAAGAAAAUUGUCAAAAAUUUAUAUAAAAUUGAUAUCGUUGUGUACAACGGAUUGAAUCUUACUUAAUGAUCUUACUGACUGAUGUAUGUCACAUGUAUAUCUUUUCACAGUUUUUGUGUAUUAUUCAAAUUCGAAAUUAACUGGGCUGCUCUAUGUAAAAUAAAAUCUCAGUUAAUUUAAAAAUACCGACUUGAUAUGUAUCUGUAUGAAUCACAUGCUAAAUGCACACUAUAAACUGGGAAACCAUUAUGUGCUAUUUUUAAACAGAUAAACUCAGCUGAGACAGCGAAAAAUGUUAUUUAAAUCAUAUAAAUUGAUGUAUUAUGUGCUACAUACUAGCUUGUAUUGACAAUUCUAGGCUUGUUUUGUGGAAAUAAUGUAUUUGCUGAUUUUGGGACCAUCUGGUGUCUAGCCCCUUUAACGCGGGUAUGUACUAACUGUCUUGGAAGGUGCUUUUCAUACAGCAUUGUUGUUAAUAUGUAAAUAUGAACUUCUUUUUAAAUGUUUGCAAAGUUUUGUUGUUAUGUAGUCCCCUGUUCACAUUUGUUUGUGCUUUAACCGGGUACGAUUUUAAGCCUAGAAUCUGAAUAUUAUAGAUAUCACAUAUUUAUGCCCCCGAAGGUGGGCAUAUUAAAAUCACACCGUCCGUCUGCCCGUCUGUCUGUCUGUCCAUGUGUCCGGCUCAAUAACUCAUGUCCAGGCUGUAACUUUCUCUUGUAUGGACAGAUUUUAAAAUAACUUGCCACAUGUGUAUGACAUACCAAGACGACGUGUCGCGUGCAAGACCAGUGUCCUUACCUCUAAGGUCAAGGUCACACUUAGUGUUUUUUCACAAUGGAAUGCUGCAUAUAAGUACAUCGAGUAUAGGUUGUCUUGUUCGGGCUGUAACUUUCCCUUGUAUGGACAUAUUUUAAAAUAACUUGCUACAUGUGUACGACAUUCCAAGACGACGUGUCGCGUGCAAGACCCAUGUCCCUACCUCUAAGGUCAAGGUCACACUUAGGUGUUUAUUCACAAUGGAAUGCUGCAUAUAAGGACAUAGAGUAUAGGUUGUCGUGUCCGGGCUGUAACUUUCCCUUGUAUGGACAUAUUUUAAAAUAACUUGCCACAUGUGUUCGACAUACCAAGAUGACGUGUUGCAUGCCAGACCCGUGUCCCAACUCUAAGGUCAAGGUCACACUUAGUGUUUAUUCACAAUGGAAUGCUGCAUAUAAGUACAUAGAGUAUAGGUUGGCUUGUCCGGGCUGUAACUUUCCCUUGUAUGGACAGAUUUUAAAACUUGUUUAAUGUUGAGUCCUUCCACAGAUAACUCCUGUUGCCAUACUAGGGCAUAGUUUCACCUUGACAAAACAAUAAAAUCGCAACUCAAAAUAUCCAUUUACAGUUGUUCUUUGUAGUGUUUUUUGUCUAGUAUCAUUUUUCAGUAUCUGUGAAAAGGUCUAUAAUGGUCUUUAUUGUUAAGGCUGCAUUAGAGAACAAAAAAGUAGUAACAGUACUAUAAUGAUAUGCACUUGAUGUGAAGCUUAACCUCGGAUUAUGGUCACCCUGUAUAAUUAACUACUACUGUUUAAAAAGUCCAUGUGCAUUUUCCACACAUGGUCAUAUUAAUAGAGCUGCUUAUAUCACUGAAAAAUGAUAAUGGAGAAACUCAUUGCUGCUUAUGUAAUUGAAAAAAAUGAAUAUUUUGAAAAAUUUCAAAUGUCUCCAAGAAAAUGGCCAGUAUUUAAAAUAUGCCGCCGCUUACAAUUUGCAGCAAUGGCGAUUGCCAGUGGGAAUGCUAAGGGUUAUAACAUUACCGGUGAAUCUUUCAUUUCAUUGGACCUACAGUUAUGAUAAUUUAUAUUAUGGUGGUUCCUUUGUCAUAACAAACACUAGUUAUCUCCACACUAUUAACAAUUUAUGUCUUGAAUUUAUUGCAUUCUUGCACACCAGGGUGAUGAUGCUAUGCGUACAUUUAUGCGUACAAUCCUCUGAUGAGUGAGAAUGCAUUUUCUCUUAUUCAUGUAUGUUUAUGGGUGAGGAAUGAAUGAAAGAGAAAUAUUCACAUCACAUGGUCAAUGUUGUUGUUUAAUCUCUUAUUGUAAGCAUAUAGUACAAGUUAACACAUACAUGGUAGUAUUUAAUUAAUGCACAAUAACAAGUCUAUGAUUUUUCUAUCAAAGGGGUUUGAAAAAAAGAUGUUUUCUAUGUACUAUGUUUUCUGUUGUGUUUUUUUGUGUAAGAUGAUAUUUUUAUUUAAAAAUCCUAUAUUCUAACAAUAUGCAAGACAAUGGGACAUCACCUACAUAUGAAUCCUUUUUCUUUAUUGCAAAACCAUUUAAUCUUGUUUUAAAUAAAGUGGAAUAUUUUCCUUUAAAUGGAUCAAAAUUAUAUUUUUUUAUUUUUAAAAGUUUCAAAAAAAAAAUUUUCUAUAAAAGCAUUUAAAAAAAAUUCAUUUUUUUCGAAUGGUUCAAAAUCAUUCAUUUUUAAAGGGUACAAAAUCAUUCAUUUUUUUUCAUUCAAAACGUGCAAAAUAAUUUUUUUUAUGUUUAAAGUGUUCAAACAAGUAAAAUAGUGAAUUAGGGAUCUUGAUGAUUUUUUUAUUUAAGGAAAGGUAAAAACAUCUUAUUUUAUUGCAGUAUUUUUUUCAUGCAUUAUUUAAUGCCAUCCAUCGCUAUAAAUUAAGAACGUUGCUUACUGGAGAUUCACUUGAUUUAUUCAGCUGAAUGUGAUAAUUUUGUUAUUUUCAAGCAAUUGAAAACUUAAUAAAAUAGAAAUAUGCUCCCU